GUAAAAACGUAGAAAAUAAUAAUCAGAAAGAUGGAUAAUCCAAAGAAAGUCUAUGGAAUCGUCCAUAAGAAUUCCAGCAGUGCGUUGCAAAAAUUUUGCAAUGAGCACGGAGAAAUUGUGUUGGUCAACCCUGCAAAGGUGGUGAGUGUUGUGACAACUGGAGGAAUUUCACUCAUAUCAAAUAACACAAUGAAUGCUAUACAUUUGCUACGAUUUCUCCAUAUGGGGAAUACGGAUCAGUGCUACGUGGCGACGGAGAAGAAACCAACGGUGAGGGUAUUGUGUCGCCUUCCAGAUCAACUGGAAUGCCUAAAGACAUUGGCCACUGGUGAGAAUCAUCGUCUGGUAACGCUGACCAUCAAGAAGGCCAUUGAUUGUGCUGACCUGCGUCGAAAGAAUGAGACAUUGAUCUGCAUCGUGUAUUGUUUGCAUUUGGUGCAGAAUCAGGAACUCCGAAAUGCCAUCUACCAAAUGCUUCCGGACAUCCUCGUGACACAGGACGAUUUUCUGCUGUUUGCGUACUACAACAAAUUCUACUCCCUGAAUCGCACUGGCUAUAGCCGUGGUCUGCGCAAUGCCAUCGCCAAGUGGUACAAUCUCAAGACACCUGAAGAGCUCUGUGACAUGAUUGCUCGUCGAAGUGUCAUCAACAAGUGGUCACACAAAGAUGUCAUACAGAUGGCUCAUCCCAAGAUUCAGGAUCCUCAGAAGGUUCUCAUUGUCAAAUCCACAUUCCAGAGUGGUCCACUGACACUCAAGAAUGCCGAGAAUGACAAUAGUGUUGCUGAGAUGACAUCCUACCAGCGUCUAUUGCUCAUCAUUGAAUUCAAGAAUCUCAAGGAUCCGGCCAAGGCGGUGGAGAUGAUUCAAAAAUAUAACAUCCCCUAUGCCUACAUACCCACGCACAUGUGGCCACAUCGUCAAAUCUGGGAAGCACUCCUGCCAUCAAUGACGUAUCCAGAACUUCUUGAGGCCAUUCCACGAUUGACGGCCAUGAAAAUGCUCAAACCCUCCGAUUCACUCUCCAAGAAAUAUUGCAGCGCCCUCAGCAAUAUGGAAACAUUGCGGAACAGCAAAAUGCAUCCAAUUUCCGUUUUUGCUUUCCUUCAGCUCUACCGCUCCAAGCGUCGCUAUCCUGAGAAAUUCAAGGACACCUACUACCGCAAGAAGCUGAAUAUCCAGGAAAUGGAUGUCAAUCAGCAUUUUACACGAAAAAUUAUGGCUGGAGUUAAUCACUCCUUCAAGUAUUUGGAUCCGAUAGAACAGAGUAUUUGCGUGGUGAUUAAUUUGAGGAAGAAACUCAUUAACAGACCAGUUUUUGGACUAAAACAACUCACGUGUUUGGAAGUUUCUCUCGUGAUGGCUCUCUCAUUGCUUCAUUCGGGACGCAAUGUCGUCAUAAUGACUUAUACAAAUGUUAAAGGGGCUCUAAAGCGUGUUCCAGUGACGAAGGAAAUGUCUUACGAUGAUGCAUAUAAAGUUUGCGUUGAUAUGACUAUGGAUAAAACUUGGCAAGAACUUGGGACACCUCUAAAUGUGGCAGUGGAAGAAGGUAAGCAGUACAAUGCUUUUAUUGUAUUUGUGGAUUCAAUUCAGAGGGCUGGAAGAGGUGGAAAACCACCCAUUAUGCAGUUCAAUCGAUACAAGACAAAGUUCCAGCAGAAACCUCCAAACGCUUCGACAAGGUUCAUUGUCGUAAAUAUGCGUCGUCGCAGAGGUGAUAUGAAAUUCAAUGAUAACACCGAAUCGAUGGGAAUGCUUGAAAUUGCUGGCUUCGAUAGAAAUUCCCCAAAAGUGAUUGAAGCUUUUGUCAAGCAGCAAUUUGUGUAAUUUUUGCGAAAAUUCAAAUAAUAUCUUACACAAAUAUGCGAUUUAUUGCUUAUUUUUUAUUUUUAAUCUCAUUUUCUUUUAUUUUAAUGUCGGGGCUGCAAAUACCGGAAAUAAAACAAAACUCGAAAUUA